UGCCGAUGCCCGUGAUGCCGCCCCGGGCAACCGCCCGUGUCGCCCGCAUCUAAAACCGCUACUGACCACAGGUAUCUGUGUGUCGUUAGGAAGUCUCGUCAGUAUGUGCAGGACGAUCUGCGGACGGAAAGAGGACACACAGCUGGUUUCCGUUUGGAGGAGGCGGAGGGAGUAAAAAGGUCAAGCUGCUCACAGAGGAGAGGAGACGCGGACAGUACUUUUGGUUUUACUGCGUGGAAGGAGCAGAGCGCGGAUAAGCAGCCGAUGACACUGCCUGACAUAUACCGAGCUGUCAGAGCUGCUCUCCACAUCAGCAGAGCGACACUGACGGUCUGGACGGUCUUUUUCAUCGACAUCAUCCAAAUCGGAUCAUGCAGAGACAAGGAAACAUCAAAGAACAAAAACAUUAUAAAGCGAGGCAUUUAAAGCUGAAUGAUUUGAAACAGGAAGCUCAAGAUACUCAUUUGUACAAGAAGUACCUCUACAAAGACGACAUCCCUCCGUACCCCGGACCUGGAGAGGUUUCACUUGAGUUUCACGUGUCUCGGCUGAAACACGACACAUACAAAUUAGAAGAGAUCAAGAAUGACGGAGGCUUCAAGGAUCCAAAGAGCGGCUCAGAGGAUCCAGACAGACUGUCCCUGGUGUGGUGGAGUCUGGCUGUGGCACCAGAGGAGAUCCAAUCAGCUGAGAGGAGGCUCCUGGAGGAGGCCUUCCCAAACUGGACCGAGGAGCAGGCCCGGCAGAAGCAGGGCUUCCUGGUGGACUUUGCCUCGUCUCCAGCCUUCAGUGAGAAGUCCAGGUAUGGAUCGUACCGCUUCACCUUCACGGUGCAGGAGGUGCUGGAGGCCUACAGCGAGCAGUAUUGCUCCGGCCGCCCGCCCGUCAUGCGUGUUCUCAGGACUUCCCUGUACAGACAGGAAGUGAUGUAUGCUGUGCUGGUCCACAGCUCAGCCAAUGACGAGCUCUUCUCUGAGUAUCCCAUGCUGAAUGACCCUCCGAACACCAUCUGUGCUUACAGGGACGGGCGCUUCACCUGGAGGCCCGAGGCCAUGUGUGAGACACACAAAUAUGUGCUUUUACAAAGACGUGACAAAAACCUGAUGGAAGUUUGGGGGCUGAUUCAGGAUCCUCAGUUUUAUGUUUGGGACCACGUCGCCAUCGCCCUGCAUGUGGCGGGAGGACAGGUGCUGAAGUUUGAUUCUGAUGAUCUGAGAAAGAACCUCAGGUUCUGCGAGCGUGACGCUGUGACAGUCAGACCUGAAUCUGACUUUCAACAUUACCAGGAUGCUCAAAACCUGGUCACUCGUUUGUGGCCACUGAAGAAGGAGGUUUCACUCCAGCAGAGAAUCAGAGGCUCUACAGAGUGAGGCUGUCUGUGGAGUUUCUCCACCUUUAUUCUCCUUUUCCUGAGCGACUGCAGUAUCACCGGCUGCACAGUGAACCAUGGUGGAGGUUACACAGAAGGCAGCAGCCGAGAGGAACGAACACAGAAAAACUCUUUGAUGUGACUCUUUUAUUCCAUUAGUUUAUUAAAGGUUUAUUACAUGAAUUUCCAAAGUGCACAGCAAAAGACCAAAGACAGAUAAAACAUAAACAUGUGAUCAUGUGUUUCACUGCACGCUGUCCUGUCUGCGUGUGAUGUGUUCAUGUGACUGAAUCAAAGACUAAUUACUUUGUACACACAAAAAGUGGACAAUAAAGUUGUUUUGAAUAUUU